GGGACCAUGACGUGACAUAUCACGAGUGAAAAAUGUAUAUAAGGCCGCAGAAUCUAUGCCCCUUUUAAACAUCUCCAGUCGAUGCUCACAAAUACCAUGGACUCCCCCAUUAUCUUGCUUCUUUCGGCCAUUGCCUUGGCAGCGACACUCUACUUCUGGCAGUCAAGGCGCAAAUAUCACUUGCCCUUACCUCCUGGUCCACCAAGACGGCUUUUCGUCGGAAACAGCAUUCCACCCACCGACGCCUUUCUCCAGUUCGAAGAAUGGACACAGAAAUAUGGCCCUGUAUUCUCCCUCAAACAGGGAGGUCAAACCACUGUGGUCAUUGGCCGGUAUCAGGCCGCCUGCGACAUAAUGGAAAAAGAAGGCGCGUCGCUGGUCGAUCGACCUCGGAGCAUCGCAGCCGGAGACACACUUUCUGGUGGGAUGCGUGUCCUACUGACACCUGCCGGACCAAGGUUGAAAAGAAUUCGCAAGGCCCUACACGCACAACUCCAGCCCAAAAUGGCGGCGACGUAUGAAGACAUGCAAUCACGCCACGCCAAGAACCUCAUCGCUGACAUACUCAAAGACCCGUCUCAACACCAGAUGCACGCCAAAAGGUAUUCCGCGAGCGUCAUCAUGACCCUUACCUACGGAAAAUCCACUCCAACGAGCUACACCGAUCCCGAAGUCCAGCAAGUUAACAACUGUCUAUUCCGUCUUGGGGUAGCCAUCCGUCCCGGUACCUACCUCGUCGACACUUUCCCCAUGCUCGCUUACAUACCCGGCUACCUCUCCACUCUCAAGCGCUACCACCAAGAAGAGCUCACGCUCUUCCGAGAACAACUCGGGACCGUCAAAGGUAAAAUGGUCCAGAACGAAGAGCUCCCCCCGAGUUUCGCAAAGCACCUCCUCCAGAACCAGAACACAUACGGGCUGAGCGACGACGAGGUUGCGUACUCUGCAGGGUCGAUGUUCGGUGCAGGUUCUGAUACGACCGCAGCCGCAAUUAGCUUCAUGAUCAUGGCGUGCGCUUCCUUCCCUGACGCGCAGAGAUGGGCGCAGGAGGAGAUCGACAACGUAGUGGGGCAGCAACGAGUUCCGACAUUCGCAGACCAAGAACUGUUACCUCGUGUGGGAGCAUUCGUUUUAGAGUGCACGCGAUGGCGGCCCGUUAUCAUUUCAGGGUUCGCUCAUAAAGCCACAAAAGACAUUUAUUGGCAAGAAUACGUGAUCCCAGCUGGAGCAACCGUCAUCGGUAACCACUGGUGCAUCUCGCGAGACCCAGAAGUCUACCCCUCCCCAAAUGAAUUCACCCCCCAGCGCUGGAUCCGCACCUCAGACUCGUCCCUCAACAUCGAUAACAAGCCAUUCACUUUUGGUUUUGGCCGUCGUGUCUGCCCCGGUUCUCACGUCGCCGAAAGGUCCUUGUUCCUCACAGCUGCGAUGAUUCUCUGGGCUUUCAACAUAAGCAACUCCACCCCGAUCGAUACCAUGGCGUUCACACAAACAGCCAACGUCCAUCCGUUGCCGUUCAGCGUGGACAUCAAGCCUAGGUUCGAAGGGGUUUCGGAAUUAGUC